AUGAUUAGAACAACCAGAAAAAUUGGAAAAAAUCUACAAACUGCCGAAGCUAUCGAAAAGACGCAUGAACACCCAGAUAAUCCUAUCUCGACUUCUGAAGAAAGUCCAGCUAACGCACACUUGUCUGAAACUGAAGAAAGUUCAGCAAACGCACACUUGUCUGAAACUGAAGAAAGUCCAGCUAACGCACACUUGUCUGAAACUGAAGAAAGUCCAGCUAACGCACACUUGUCUGAAACUGAAGAAA